CCUCACGCGCCAUCGAGCAACUCACACGAGGGAAAAAUAUUGACAUGUUUGGAAUGUGGGAAGAGUUUUUCUGAGAAAAUCUGUCUCAUUUCUCAUCUAAAGGGCAAGCAUUGAAGUGCUUAGGGUAGAAAGAGCUGUAGCCCUAUCAGUUCUCCCAGUCCUUCCACUCUGAAUGUCAUUUGAGAGAAGAGGUGGACAUAUCUCCAUCCAGACUGAAGGCAGCCUAGAAGCACAGAACUAAGAUGGGAGAGCAAGAGCCAGCUGUGGCCCAGUUGGAAGUAUUUUCUUCUGCUGUUGAGACAGAGAACAAAAGAGCAAUAGAGGACCCUCGGAGGAAAGACCGGGAGAGCAAUCUGCUCCAUUCAGACUUUCAGUGCCAGCGCUUCCAGCGCUAUGAGGAGGCCUUGGGGCCACGCAAGCUUUGCAGCCGCCUCCACUCUCUGUGCCGCCUGUGGCUGAAGCCUGAGGAACAUACAAAGGCGGAGAUGCUGGACCUGGUGCUCCUGGAGCAGUUCCUGGCCGUCCUUCCUGCGGAGAUGGAGCGCUGGGUGAGGGAAUGUGGGGCAGAGACCAGUUCCCAGGCCGUGGCUUUGGCUGAAGGAUUCCUCCUGAGUCAGGAAGAGGAGAGGAAGCGGGAGAAGCCCCAGGUGCAGGAUUCAUUUGCAGAUGAGACCGGUCAGGUUGAGGAGUCUCCUUCAGACACCAUGUGCGUUGCCCAGACUGGAAAUGGAGACUCUAUCACAAUUGGCAGUGAAACAUGGGGAAUUGAUAGUAGCACGACUUUCCAUGAUUGUCUUCUAAGAAGAGAUUCUGCGGGACCAGAUCAGGUGACUUUUGAAGAUGUGUCUGUGGAUUUCUCAGAGGAGGAGUGGGCCCUCUUGGAUCCAAGCCAAAAAGCCUUGCACCAGCAAAUCAUGGAGGAGAAUUUAGGGAUUGUGUCAUCACUGGAGAAGACACCAUCUAAGAAUCUGGAAUACGGACAGAAUUUCAAUUGGAAGGAAACACUUGCCUUUUGUAAAACAACUCACACAAGACAUAAACCAUUUAAAUGCUUGGAGUGCAGAAAGAGCUUCAGUCAGAAGAGAAACCUUAUUUGCCACCAGGCAACUCACACAGGGGAGAAGCCAUUUAAAUGCUUGGAGUGUGAAAAGAGCUUCACUCACAAGAGAAACCUUAUUCGUCAUCAGGCAACUCAUACAGGGGAGAAGCCAUUUACAUGUUUGGAGUGUGGAAAGAAUUUCUGUUCGAAGGCAGUCCUUGUUCAUCACCAAACAAGUCACACAGGAGAGAAGCCGUUUAAAUGCUUGGAGUGUGAAAAGAGCUUCAGUAACAAGAGUUACCUUAUUCGUCAUCAGGCAACUCAUACAGGGAAGAAACCAUUUAAAUGUUUGGAGUGUGGAAAGGAUUUCUAUCAGAAGGGAGGCCUUAUUCGUCAUCAGUCAACCCAUACAGGAACGAAGCCAUUUAAAUGUUUAGAGUGUGGAAAGAGCUUUAGUCAGAAGGGAGGCCUUGUUCGCCAUCAGGCAACUCACACAGGAGAGAAGCCAUUUAAAUGCUCAGAGUGUGAAAAGAGCUUCUGUCAAAAGACAGACCUUGUUUGCCAUCAGUUAGCUCACACAGGAGAGAGACCAUUUAAAUGCUCAGAGUGUGGUAAGAGCUUCUUCCAGAAAUCAAACCUUGUUCGUCAUCAGGCAACUCACAUAGGGAAGAAACCAUUUAAAUGCUCAGAGUGCGGAAAGAGCUUCAGUCAGAAGGCAGACCUUGUUCGUCACCAGAAAGCUCACACAGGACAGAAGCCAUUUCAGUGCUCAAAGUGUGGAAAGACCUUCAGUCAGAAGGGAGUCCUUGCUCAUCAUCAGGCAGCCAAUGCAGGAGAGAGACCAUUUAAAUGCUUGAACUGUGGGAAAACCUUCUGCCAGAAGACAGAGCUUGUUUGCCAUCAGAAAACUCACAGGACAGAAGCCAUUUAAAUGAUCAAACUGUGGAAUGUGCUUCAGUCAGGAGGCAGUCCUUGUUUAUCAUUUGGCAACUCAAACAAGAGAGAGACCAUUUAUAUCAGUGGUUCUCAACCUUCCUAAUGCCGCAGCCCCUUAUUACAGUUCCUCAUGUUGUGGUGACCCACAACCAUAACAGUAUUUUUUAUUGCUACUUCUUAAUUGUAAUUUUGCUACUAUUAUUAGUUGUAAUGUGAAUAUCAGAUAUGCAAGAUUUCAUUCACUGGACUAAAUUUGGCAAAAAUACCCCAUAUGCCCAAAUUUGAAUACUGAUGGGGUUGGGAGGAGGUUGAUUUUGUCAUUUGGGAGUUGUAGUUGCUAGGAUUUACAGUUAACCUACAAUCAAAGAACAUUCUGAGCUCCACUAACGAUGAGAUUGAACCAAACCUGGCACACAGAACAGCCAUGACCAACAAAAAAUACUGGAAGAGUUUGGCUGGC